CACGGCAGCCACUCCCCUGCGGAGGACUUUACGUAUCGGAGCGGGCGGCCACCUCCCAGUUAGUUAGCUCUCCGUUGCCCUUUUCCCUGAACUGACUUCGGAAUCUCUGCGGGGAGCGAGGAAGGGGGCGGGGGCCUGCAGCUCUCACGCCCUCCGGCAGCGACGCGGGCGCGCCGGUGGGAGAGCCCUUUUGUGUACCCAGGAUCCGGGAAACGAAACCGAGAGCGUGUCCGCACCUCGGAGGUUCUGGGCAGCGCGGAGCACCUGCAGCCCCAGAACUCUAUAAAUCAUGGAAAAGCAAAACGGACAAAUGAAUGCUCCUCACCCAGGAACGAAUUUACCACCUGACUAUCCCCCUCAAUAUCCUUCAGCAACACUCCAAGGACCUCCAGGACAUACUGGCUACCCUGGCCCCCAGGCUGGCUACCCUGGCCCCCAGGUUGGCUAUCCUGGCCCCCAGGUUGGCUAUCCUGGCCCCCAGGCUGGCUAUCCUGGCCCCCAGGCUGGCUACUCAAUUCCACCAGCUGGUUAUUCAGGUGCUGGCCCAGUAGGGUUUCCUGUCCAACACCAGCCUGUGUAUAAUCAGCCAGGUGGACCUGCAGGGGUACCAUGGAUGCCAGCACCACCACCUCCAUCAGGCUGUCCACCCGGAUUGGAAUAUUUAAGUCAGAUAGAUCAGAUACUGGUUCAUCAGCAAAUUGAGCUUCUGGAAGUCAUAACAGGUUUUGAAACUAAUAACAAAUAUGAAAUUAAGAACAGCUUUGGACAGAAGAUUUACUUUGCAGUAGAGGAUACAGACUGCUGUACCCGGAAUUGCUGUGGGGCUUCUCGGCCUUUUACCAUGAGGAUUAUUGAUAAUAUGGGCCAAGAAGUUAUAACUCUGGAGAGACCACUAAGGUGUGACAGCUGUUGUUGCCCUUGCUGCCUUCAGGAGAUUGAAGUCCAUGCUCCUCCUGGUGUACCUGUAGGUUAUGUUACUCAGACCUGGCAUCCAUGCCUGCCAAGGUUUACAAUUCAAAAUGAGAGGAGAGAAGAUGUACUAAAAAUUAUUGGUCCAUGUGUUGUGUGCAGCUGUUGUGCAGAUGUUGAUUUUGAGAUUAAAUCUCUUGAUGAAGAAACUAUAGUUGGCAAGAUUUCCAAGCAGUGGACCGGUUUUGUGAGAGAGGCAUUUACAGAUGCUGAUAACUUUGGUAUCCAGUUCCCUUUAGACCUUGAUGUGAAAAUGAAAGCUGUAAUGCUUGGUGCAUGUUUCCUCAUUGAUUUCAUGUUUUUUGAAAGGAGUGGAAACACAGAGUAAAAAGAAGGAGUGUGGUAGGGGAUCAAUGAAAGCCUCAGAAAGUGUGAAGUCUGUGUACUUACUGGGACUUUGUCAAGGAAAAACUAAUUGGUUUUCUCUUUAUUGAAAUGACUUCUAGCAUUUGUGAAUUCUACUGUGAUGCCUGGUAUAUGCGAUGACUUUUCAAAUUAUAGAGUUUAUUUUCUAUAUCACCUACCUAUAAAUGUUUUUAUGCAUUUUGUUGUGUUUUAUACAUUUUCUUUUUCCUUGUGUAUUUUAGAGAAAGGACAUGUUAAUUUUUUACAUUUAAUCAUGAAACUUCCUGUGGCAAAUUGUUCUGAACUACAAUCUAUUUUCAAAUUUUACACCAAAUUAAGUCCUUAUUAAUUUUAAAAUAUAAAUGUGCAUUUUAUUAAAUAUGGUUCCAAUUUAUUUCACACAUAACAGUCAUGUUAAUUUCCAAAUAAUGUAUGUUCAAACAAGUUAAAAAUGAAUAUAAUUUGUUUCCUUUACAAUUAUGUUAAACUAACACUUAAUAUUCAUAUUACCAAAGAAAAAUAAAACGUGUAUUUGUCUUUUGUUCAGCAAGUCACAGUAUAUUAAACUUCUUUUGUAAGCUAAUCUACUAUAAAAAAAUUUUCAUUAUUGAUAAGAAAAUAAAUUACUGAUUUUUUUUAUGAUUUUCUGAAAAAGACAUGUCCUAAAGAAGGACACAUUUAAAAAUUCAUUAUAGGGGCGCCUGGGUGGCGCAGUCGGUUAAGCGUCCGACUUCAGCCAGGUCACGAUCUCGUGGUCCGUGAGUUCGAGCCCCGCGUCGGGCUCUGGGCUGAUGGCUCAGAGCCUGGAGCCUGUUUCCGAUUCUGUGUCUCCCUCUCUCUCUGCCCCUCCCCCGUUCAUGCUCUGUCUCUGUCUCUGUCCCAAAAAUAAAUAAACGUUGAAAAAAAAAAUUUUAAAAAUUCAUUAUAGAACUGGAGGAUUGUUAUAAUUUUUGAAGUAAUUAUUUACACGUGGAAUGUUUAGCUCCUGUAUUCAUUCUGUCUUUCACAGAGCAUGAUAGUUAGGAGAGCACUCAGGUAUUAAAUAGAAUGUAUAUAUUCCAUCUGAGUAGAAACUGCAGUAACUGUUAUUUACAUGAACAAUCAAACAACUGAAUUAAAAAUUAUUGAUAUA